UCCUAGAAUCUAGCUUCCCACUCUUUAAAGAAACUAAUCUCAUUAAUUCAAGGCUUCAAAUUAAACCCCUCUUUUUUCUUCACCCACCAUUAUUAUUAGUCUGUGCUAUUAUUCAUACACUCUCCAUCCAAAGCUAAAGAAGAAGGAGAAGAUCAAGGUCUCAUGUCAUUUGACUUCUCUACAUCAUCUUCCAACCACCAAAAGGGAGAUUGCUCUAAGCCGGAGAAGAGAUACAUUGGAGUAAGAAAGAGGCCGUGGGGGAAAUACGCCGCGGAAAUUAGGGAUUCGACAAGGCAUGGCGCGAGAGUUUGGCUGGGAACAUUCAAUACUGCAGAAGAGGCUGCUCUAGCCUAUGAUCAAGCUGCAUUUGCGACGAGAGGCGCCUCGGUCCCACUCAACUUUCCCGUGGAGAGAGUGACGGAAUCUCUUGAGAAGAUCAAGUAUCGACGCGAGGAGGGCUCGUCUCCUGCAAAAGCCCUGAAGGAGUCUCACAAGCUGAUGAGCGCAACCACGAAGCAAACUAGUUCGAGUAAGAAGCGUGUUGGAGAAGAGGAUGUUGUGAUUCUACAUGACUUAGGAUCUGAUUUGUUGGAUCAGCUCUUGUCUGAGCAUUCAACUACUGAUUGAACAUAAACACUAUUAAGUCUUGUAAGUAAAUCUUGAUCCUUUUACCUCUUUCUGUUUUUUUGGGGGGGGGGAAUAUUUUCUGUGCUGCUGCCCUUGUGUUGUUCUUGAUUUUGGGUUCUAUUAAACCCUUUAUCUCUAUCUAAUAAUCUCCUAGUUUAUUAA